AGAUUGAUUACGAUUGUUAUGUACGAAGCCAGUUCGAACAAACCUUUUCCGGAACGAGACAUUCAGUUGUUACAAUGAAAUAGUAUUGAUUUCGGGCUUAUGAGAAUAUUGUCUGUAUGGUUUUCAGGACUAGGGGAUUGUCUAUUGUCUAAACCACGUUUUGUCUUUAAUUUGUAAGUAAGUAGGCGUAGUCAUAGGCGUAGGCUGUGUUUUAUUUUUCAUAGAAAUUCAUUCGCAUUAGGCUGUUCAAUCAAAGUGGUUUGCAGUAUUCAGUUAAACAAUUACGUUCGGUGGAGAUCACUCAAUAUUGGAGAACGGGGUGCUGAAGAUGAUAAUAAAGGUGAAACGUGGAGUCCGAAAGAAAUAUAUGAAACUCGGCCAACUGAGCUUUUCAAAUUUCAUCAACGAAGUGAAACAGAAGUUUUCUGUCCCAGAGGAUAAAGUGGUCAGAGUCACCGAUGAUCUGGGCACAGAGGUGGAUGAGGAUGUAUUUCCAGAACUUGCAACAGUCGAAGACAUGUGCUUCGUUAUCCACACUGAUGAUAAUUUCCCGCUGGACGAAUCAUCAAUGAACCAGGCUGACAGCUCAAACCACCCUGAGUUUUCGCCGCUCACACCGUUGGGUUGGCAGGGUCGCCGUACACACCACCAGCAGGAAGAGAGAGAACACCUUUCAGUUCCUGUGGAGACAGAACAGGGCGAGACACAGUCGCCAGUGACAGAUGCUAAAUCUCUGCACCAAAAUGGUCAGAAACAAAAAAGGAUUACAUUGGAUGACCUUCCAAGAACUCCUUUUCUCUUUAAAAUGAGCCAAUCUUUGGAUGGAGAGGAGGACACUACCUCUGAAAUCAGCCACAGUCUAAGGGAAGAGGAGGCUGAAAAUGUCUCUGAAAAGGAAACGGCUGAUGAAGCCGCAGACCUCGUUAGCAAGAGGGUGAUGAGAUCUGACUCGCCUGUUUCCAGUGCUCUGUCAAUGCAGACCGACCGUUCCAAUCCUUUAGAUUUUCCAAAUUUAAGGACUCAGCCCAUGGAAUCAAGUGUCAGAGGCCAGACUGGCCUGGUAGAAACCCAUCUCCACUCACAGUGCAGAAAGAGGUUUGGAGCUCUAUCUUGGUCUAGACGAAUACUCUGUGACAUCUGCUGUGAGGGAAGGGCCAAAGCUGUUAAGGUCUGUCUGACUUGCUCUGCCUCCUACUGUGAAUCUCACGUCAGACACCAUUAUACUGUAGAAGCAUUGCAGAAACAUAAACUAGAGGAAAUCACUGAAGACUUGGACGGGAGGCACUGCCCGCAGGAAGAGAGGAAAAACCUUUCAGUCUCUAUGGAAACAGAGCAGGGUGAGACACAGUCGCCAGUGGCAGAUGCUCAAUCUCUGCACAAAAAUGGCCAGAAACAAGAAAUGAUGUGCGAACCAAUGAAGGGGUCAUGGAUAAAAGACUUACUCAUUUUUAUAACUUUGGGGAGUGUCCUGGCCAUGACACUCUUAUUUAUCGCUUUUACUCCAAAAGAGUCUGGAAGGAGACCUGUGCCUUAUGGUCUGAGGAUUGUGCUGGUGGGCAGGAGUGGAGCAGGAAAGAGUGCAACUGGAAACACCAUCCUGGGGAGAGAGGUGUUUAAAGAGGGGUUUUCCCCUGUGGCAGUGACCUCAAAGUGUGAGACACAUAGUGGACAGGUGGCAGGGAGGAAUGUUACUGUGAUAGACACACCUGGGAUCUUUGGCAUAUAUCUUUCUAAUGAUGAAAUCAAGCAUGAAAUGGUAGAAAGCAUCAACAACUUGUUUUUGGUAGUGAUCAGACUGGGGAGGUUCACGGUGGAAGAGAGGGACACUCCGAAAUGGAUGCAGGAGAAUUUUGGAGGAGGUGCUUUGCAGUACUCAAUGGUGCUCUUCACUGGAGGAGAUGAGCUGACUACACCAGUGGAGGAGUUUCUGAGAAAAAGCAGCGAUCUUCAGGAAGUCGUCAACCUCUGUGGUGGCGGAUAUCACGUCUUCAACAACAAAGAGAAGAACAACCGCACUCAGGUUACAGAGCUGCUGGAGAAGAUUGAAGCAGUGCUGCUCAAAAUGACAGGAUACCAUCAUGCCACUAUGAUGAUCCAACAGGCUGAAAGAAAGAUACAAGCAGAGGAGGAGAGAAAGAGAGAGGAGUCUGAGAGAAAGAUCGGAGCCAAGGAGGAGAAAAAGAGGGAGGAAGCCGAGAAAAAGAUCAGGGAAGAGAAGAAGAGGCUGAGGAAGUUUGAGACAAAGAUCAGAGCAGAGGAAGAGAGAAAGUGGGAGGAGUCUGUGAGGAAGAUCAGAGCAGAGGAAGAGAAAAAGAGGGAAGAGUCUGAGAGAAAGAUCAGAGCAGAGGAAGAGAGAAAGAGGGAGGAGUCUGUGAGGAAGAUCAGAGCAGAGGAAGAGAAAAAGAGGGAGGAGUCUGAGAGAAAGAUCAGAGCAGAGGAAGAGAGAAAGAGAGAAGAGUCUGAGAGAGAGAUCAGAGCAGAGGAAGAGAGAAAGAGGGAGGUGACUGAGAUAGAGAUCAGAGCAGAGGAGGAGAGAAAGAGAGAGGAGUCUGAGAGAGAGAUCAGAGCAGAGGAAGAGAGAAAGAGAGAGGAGUCUGAGAGAGAGAUCAGAGCAGAGGAAGAGAGAAAGAGGGAGGAGACUGAGAUAGAGAUCAGAGCAGAGGAAGAGAGAAAGAGAGAGGAGAUGAGUAAUUCAGCUGAAUUUAAAGUGGUACUUACUGCAGUAUUUAUUUCUUUAGCGAUAACAUGGGUAAUUGCAGAACGCAAAAUCAAAAAUAGAGUAGCAGAGGAAGAGAGAAAGAGGGAGGAGGCUGUGAAGAAGAUCAAAGCAGAGGUAAAUACAACGUUGGAGGAGCAUGAGAAAAAGUUGAAAGACAUGGAGGUGAUUUUGAGCUCAUAUCAAGCAAAAGACAAACCGCAGAAAAAAUGGUAUCAUUUUUAAAUUCCCAGUUCUGAGUACUAAAUAAUAAUUAAUAUUGUAGUCUUGCCCCCUUGUACACACAGGUAGUCAAGAGAAAAACAGCACUUUGUUAAACAAGGGACAAGUAAAUGCAGAGCAGAGGCUCCAGGGAGGUUUUUUCAUCUCUUGUUUAAUCACAUGCAAUCCCAGCAUUCAAAAGGUCACAUACAUACAUGCUAGACAGGCUUGAUUUCCUAUAAUUAUGGCUAGCAUGGCUGCAAGAUGAGAUCACAGUAACUGAAAGAGGGGUGAUUGUUGGGGUGUUGAUGGUUGAAAGGUCGUGAUUGUUGGGGUUUUAAUGGCAAAUAUCACCUGGGAUUGAGAGCAGCCAGUGUUAUCAAGACAGUGGAGGCUAUACACCAAAUAAAUUGACUUUACAUCGGG